ACAGCUGAUCUACAAACACUCUGGAUAGACCGCGCUCUCAUACACAGUCCGCACGCGCUAUUUGGAGAUCAGUGGCGCGCUUCACUGAGCUCGUGCUGUCUUUAACGUCCUCCCCAAAGUGUUUUUUCACCUCUCUCGACCCCUCAACCAGCUUGUCCUCUACAUGGACUGUGCGUUGGGAGUCUCUCCUCCACCCGCCGAGGCGUCCAAAUGGACGGCGUCGCUUCAUAGCUGCAGGGUCUCUGGUGCUGUGGCGCUGUUUUUCGCAUGGCCGGAGCUUGCUGCAAGUGUCAAGUCUCUUUAACCGUGUUCAAGCGCUCUCUCUCGGUGGCGCCGCGGGGCUCUGGGUCCGCUGCACGAUCCCUCCUACCGGGCUGGAGGCUGGCGGAGCGGGGCCUGCAGGAGGCCGCCCGACCCUCCAGCGCCCUAAGACCCGCAGGCUUAUACCGACAUACGGUUUUCUCCUAUCUCUCCUGCCAGGAGUCCAUGAGCGACAGCCUGCGGACCUGCUACCUGUACCUGAACCAAACUAGCCGGAGUUUUGCAGCUGUGAUUCAAGCGCUGGACGGAGAGUUAAGACAUGCAGUUUGUAUUUUCUACUUGGUCCUGCGGGCGUUGGACACAGUGGAGGAUGACAUGAGCAUUCCUCUGGACAAGAAGGUACCCAUGCUGAAUGAUUUCCACACAUACCUGUACCAGGAUGAGUGGAGCUUCAGCGAGAGCCAGGAGAAAGACCGGCAGGUUCUGGAGGAUUUCCCCACGAUAUCACUAGAAUUCAGAAACCUUGCUCGUGAGUACAGAGACGUCAUCUCAGAUAUCUGCCACCGUAUGGGAGUAGGAAUGGCCGAAUUCCUGGAGAAGAAAGUGGGAUCCAUGAAGGAGUGGGACCAGUAUUGCCACUAUGUGGCAGGGCUGGUCGGCAUCGGACUAUCUCGCCUCUUCUCCGCGUCUCAGCUCGAGGACCCUGAGGUGGGGCGUGACACAGAGCUGGCCAACUCCAUGGGACUGUUCCUCCAGAAGACCAACAUUAUCCGAGACUAUCUAGAGGACACACAACAGGGGCGUGCUUUCUGGCCACAAGAGGCGUGGAGCCAGUUCGCAGGUCGCCUGGAGGACUUGGCUCAGCCAGAGAAGUUGGAGUCGGCUCUGUCCUGUCUCAACUUGCUGGUCACUGAUGCUCUGCGCCAUGUCCCAGAUGUCAUUGCCUACCUGUCUCGCCUGCGGAACCAGAGCGUCUUCAAUUUCUGUGCCAUUCCACAGGUGAUGGCAAUAGCGACACUAUCUUCGUGCUACAACAACCCCAUGGUGUUCCAGGGAGUAGUAAAAAUCCGAAAGGGACAAGCUGUCACACUCAUGAUGGAGGCCACAAACAUGAGAGCUGUGCAGACCAUCAUCACCCAGUACAGCCAGGAGAUUCUACAGAAGGUCUCCCUCACUGACCCGUCACGGGACAAGACCCUGCACAUCCUGGCGCUAAUCCGAGAGAAAUCCGCCCUGUCACAGUCGAGCCUCCCCUCCAGGACCCACCACCUUUCACCCAUGUACCUGUCUGCUGCCAUGCUGCUCGCUGCUCUCAGUUGGCAGUACCUCAGCACCACUGCAGCACAGACGCAGGGUACCAGCGACAUGCAGGGACAGUGAAUCACUCCUCACUUCUCCUGGGGCCCACGGACUUAGAAAGCCCCAUGGCUUCUCUGGAUGUCCAGUUGUCCUCUGACAGGAGGAAUCUGAAGCACUUCUUCCCACCUUCACCCUCUUUAUUAUGGCUGUCUCAGGACCAUGGACAUAUUAACUCUAGACUAUGGAGGGUCACUUGUAGCAGGCUGCUCACAUGAUAGUUUGUUUGACAGUGAUUUGUCGUAGUCCAUCCUACAACUGGAUAAAUAAUUUACACACAGUUUUGUGUGGUUAUAUUCACCAGCAUAAAUGACACAUUGAAACAAUUCAGGGCGUUUUGUUGUUGUUGUUGUUGUUUAUGUUCAAAAAGUUUUCCUUUCUUUUUUUUGAUUGAUUUGUUUGAAACAUUUUGUCCCUUUUUGUUUGAAUUGAGUGAAAUUAUUCAGUAUAUUUAAAUAUUUCACGGCAGAAAUUAAUAGUUUAACCUAACCCUUUUCUCAGUUAAGUGGUCUCAAAUGUUGAAAUGCAAAAAAACCACAAAACUGCCCAUUUUAGGAUUUUUGGGGAACACAGUCACGAAACUUCAUUAAGCUUUUGCUUUUCAUUUUGUCUCUCAUCUUAGUUUUCAUAUUUUUUCAUGUCAAGUCAAAGUUAGCUAAAUAUUCAAUUUCUCAUGUUUCUAUAGGACAAACACUUUAAAACACUUUAAUGAAAGAACUGUUACAGUAGUGCACUUCAAGCAUUUGCACUGUAUAUUAGCAUACAUAGUGUGGACAUCAUCCACUCAUUGUUGUUCUUUGUGUCAACCCUUUUCUGUCUUCUGUCUGCUUCUGUUUCAACUCUUUGUACUUUGAAAAAGUCGAAAGAAGAAGAGGACGGUGCAAUUCCAAGGUAGUUUUAUUUGACAUGGACUGGUUAAAUUAAUACGGGAGAACAAAUAUGUUGAACAAAUGUAAUUUCUGACACAUUUGAUGUCAGAGAAAUGCAUAUUGAGACUGCUAGCAAAGUGUCCUUAACACAGCUUUGGUGAGUAGAAAGGCUAGCACAGAGUAACCUUGAACAGAACCAAAGGAGAGCUACAAACAUUGCUAUGUAAUGUGAAAUGUUGAUUUGUACAUAUUUGAACUAAGGAAAUAAACUAUCUGAAAGUUGA